AGAGAGAGAGUCUCCUCCAUGUUGUAGGUGAAACUCCUCCUUUUCUUCUCUUCAUAUCAGUUAGAAGUGAAAGUGAAAGUCAGCAGGUUGUUUUAGUGAAGAGUAAAAACAUGAAGUUCUUUGUGGAAUAAAAUCACAGACAAAGCUGCACUAAUUCUAAGAGACAGCAGACAUUAGACCUUCUGAAAUAAUGUGGGGGGAGUGUGAGGAUCUCAGAACAUCUGAAAUGAUUCAUCAAGAGGAGCAGCACAAGAUACAGAGUCAAACUAAGGAAAGGCCAAUCUCACCUGUGUCCAGCUGUGUGUCCUAUAAGAGUGAUCACUCACUGCCAGAGCCUCCCAACUUUAAAGAUGGAACAUCCUCUGAGGAAAGAACCCAAAAACAGAACCUUAAAUCCAUCAACACAAAAUGGAUGGAGUCCAUAUUCAAGGAGCUGGAGCACAAAGUCAUCACACUGUUGAAGAAUGAGCUGAACAGGUUCAAGAAGCUACUUAAUGCUGAUUACCCAGCAUGCUCUGAGAGGGGGGAGGAGGAGGUGGAGGAAGAGGAUCUGCACUGUGUUAGAGAGGGUGUGCUGAAGAUCACACUGUACAUCCUGAAGAACAUGAAGCAGAAAGAUCUCGCUCACACCCUGCAGAUCAAGAUGGCCUCUGUGUAUCAGAGAAAGCUCAAAUCUGGACUUCUAAAUAAAUGUAAAAGAAUUAAUGAAGGAAUCUCACAGCAUGGGACAUCUACACUUCUGAAUCAGAUCUACACAGAGCUCUACGUCACAGAGAGUUGGAGUGGAGACGUCAAUAAUGAACAUGAAGUGAGACAGAUUGAGACAGCGUCCAGGAGACCAGCCACAGAGGAGACACCCAUCAAAUGUAAUGAGCUCUUUAAAGACAAGUCCAUCAGAAGUGUGCUGACUAAAGGAGUAGCUGGAAUUGGAAAAACAGUCUCUGUGCAGAAGUUUAUUCUGGAUUGGACUGAAGGAAAAGCAAAUCAGAACAUCCUCUUCCUGUUUCCACUUCCCUUUAGAGAACUGAAUUUGGUGAAGCAGGAAAACUUCAGUCUGAUGAGCCUUAUUCAUCAGUUUUUCCCAGAAAUUAAGGACCUGGAAGUAAUAGACAGUAAUGUCUACAAAGUCCUGUUCAUCUUUGAUGGUCUGGAUGAGUGUCGACUUCCUCUAAAUUUCCAGAACAAUGAGAUGUUGAGUGAUGUGACAGAGUCAGUCUCACUGGAUGUUCUGCUAACAAACCUCAUCAAGGGGAAUCUGCUUCCCUCUGCUCUCCUCUGGAUAACCACUCGACCAGGAGCAGCCAAUCAGAUCCCUCCUGAGUGUGUACACCAAGUAACAGAGGUACGAGGGUUCAGUGAUCCUCAGAAAGAGGAGUACUUCAGGAAGAGGCUCAGUGAUGAGAUCCUGGCCAAUAAAAUCAUCACACACAUGAAGUCUUCAAGAAGCCUCUACAUCAUGUGCCACAUCCCAGUCUUCUGCUGGAUUUCAGCUACUGUUCUAGAGAGAAUGUUGGGUGAAGCAGAGAGUGGAGAGAUCCCCAAGACUCUGACUCAAAUGUUCACACACUUCCUGAUCUUUCAGAUCAAACACAAGGAGCAAAAGUACAGUCAGAAAUAUGACCCUGAUCCUCAGGAGACCAGAGAGAGUGUCCUGGCUUUGGGAAAACUGGCUUUCCAACAGCUGGAUAAAGGAAACCUGAUGUUCUAUGAGGAAGACCUGAGAGAGUGUGGCAUUGAUGUUAGAGAAGUGGCAGUGUACUCAGGAGUGUGUACCCAGAUCUUCAGAACAGAGUCUGGACUCCACCUGGGGAAGAUGUUCAGCUUUGUACAUCUGAGUGUUCAGGAGUUUUUGGCUGCAUUAUAUGCGUUUCUCUGCUUCAUUGACAAAAAACAAACAAAAGAACAAACCACUGAUCUGUCUGGUCUUUUCAACACAUCAGAAAUGUCUAAGUUCCUCAAGGGUGCAGUGGACCAGGCCUUACAGAGUGACAAUGGACACUUAGAUCUUUUCCUCCGUUUUCUUCUGGGCCUCUCAGUGGAGUCUAAUCAGAAGCUCAUUCGAGGUCUACUGACACACACAGGAAGCAGCUCUGACUGCCGAAAGGACAUAGUUGGGUACAUCAAGUUAAAGUUUGAACAAAAUCCAUCUCCAGAGAGAUUAAUCAAUCUGUUCUACUGUCUGAACGAGUUAAAUGAUGAUUCACUGGUGAAAGAGAUCCAGAGCUACAUGAACUCAGGUCGUCUCUCUGAAGCUGAACUCUCACCUGCUCAGUGGUCUGCUCUGGUCUUUGUGUUGCUGACCUCAGAGGAGGAUCUGGAAGUGUUUGACCUACAGAAGUUUAUAAGAUCAGAUGAAUGCUUUAAGAGACUGUUACCAGUCGUCCAGCAAGCUACAACAGUUCUUCUCAGUGAGUGUAACCUGACAGAGAGAAGCUGCUGGGCUUUACACACAGUUCUCAGCUCAGAAUCCUCCAAGCUGACUGAGGUGGAUCUGAGCAGUAAUCCUCUGGAGGACUCAGGAGUGAAGCUGCUUUGUGCUGGACUGAAGAGUCCAAACUGUGAACUGGAGAAACUCAGACUUUCAGACUGCAGUAUAACAGAGGAAGGAUACACUGCUCUGGCUGAAGCUCUGAAAUCAUCUCACCUGAUAGAGCUGGAUCUCAGAGGGAACGACCCUGGAGCAUCAGGAGUGAAGCUGCUCACUGAUUUACUACAGGAUCCAGACUGUACACUGAACACACUGAGUCUGUUAAGUCCUGAGGCAGAGGAAGCCUGUUCUGCUUUAACUGAAGUUCUGGGUACAAACCCCUUACUGCAGAGAGAACUGGAUCUGAGUGGGAAAAUAUCUGGAGACUCAGGAGUGAAGCAGCUCUCUGAUCUACUGAAGGAUCCACACUGCAGACCUCAGAGACUCAGGCUGAAUAAGAGCAGUAUUACACACAGAGGCUGUACUGAUCUGAUAUCAGCUCUUACUUCAAACCCUUCACACCUGACAGAACUGGACCUGAGUGAGAACACACUGGGAAAUUCAGGAGCGAUUCAGAUCUCUACUCUACUAAAGAAUUCAUCCUGUAGACUCCAGAAGCUUCUACUUUCAGACUGUAAUAUUAAAGAGGAAGGAUACACUGCUCUGGCUGAAGCUCUGAAAUCAAACCCUUCAUCACACCUGAUAGAGCUGGACCUCAGAGGGAACGAUCCUGGAGAAUCAGGAAUGAAGGAACUCAGGAAUUUAAUAAAUGAUCCAAAAUGUAAACUGAAGACACUGAGGGUGUUGAAAAGUCCUGAUGCACAGAAAGCUUCUGAUCAUCUGACUGAAGUUCUGGGUAUAAACCCGAUACUGCAGACGGAUCUGAAUCUGAGUGGGAAAAUAAAAGGAGACUCAGGAGUAGAGCAGCUCUCUGUUUUACUGAAGGAUCUACUGAAGGAUCCACACUGCAGACCUGAAACACUUCAGCUCAGUGAGUGUAAUCUGACAGAGAAAGGAUGUUCAGCUCUGCUCACAGCUCUCAGAUCAGAACACUCCACCGUGAAGGAGCUGAAUCUGAGUAAGAACAGGAUUCAGGAUUCAGGAGUGAAGCUGCUCUCUGAGGAACUGAAGAAUAAACUCUGUAAACUGGAGACUCUGAGACUUUCAGACUGCAGUAUAACAGAGGAAGGAUACACUGCUCUGGCUGAAGCUCUGAAAUCAUCUCACCUGAUAGAGCUGGAUCUCAGAGGGAACGACCCUGGAGCAUCAGGAGUGAAGCUGCUCACUGAUUUACUACAGGAUCCAGACUGUACACUGAAGACACUGAGUCUGUUAAGUCCUGAGGCAGAGGAAGCCUGUUCUGCUUUAACUGAAGUUCUGGGUACAAACCCGGUACUGCAGAGAGAACUGGAUCUGAGUGGGAAAAUAUCUGGAGACUCAGGAGUGAAGCAGCUCUCUGUUCUACUGAAGGAUCCACACUGCAGACCUCAGAGACUCAGGCUGAAUAAGAGCAGUAUUACACACAGAGGCUGUACUGAUCUGAUAUCAGCUCUUACUUCAAACCCUUCACACCUGAUAGAACUGGACCUGAGUGAGAACACACUGGGAAAUUCAGGAGGGAUUCAGAUCUCUACUCUACUAAAGAAUUCAUCCUGUAAACUCCAGAAGCUUCUACUUUCAGACUGUAAUAUUAAAGAGGAAGGAUACACUGCUCUGGCUGAAGCUCUGAAAUCAAACCCUUCAUCAGACCUCAUAGAGCUGGACCUCAGAGGAAAUGAUCCUGAAGAUUCAGGAAUGAAGGAACUCAGGAAUAUUAUAAAUGAUACAAAAUGUAAAUUGAAGACACUCUGGGUGUUGAAAAGUCCUGAUGCACAGAAAGCUUCUGAUCAUCUGACUGAAGUUCUGGGUAUAAACCCGAUACUGCAGACGGAUCUGAAUCUGAGUGGGAAAAUAAAAGGAGACUCAGGAGUAGAGCAGCUCUCUGUUUUACUGAAGGAUCUACUGAAGGAUCCACACUGCAGACCUGAAACACUUCAGCUCAGUGAGUGUAAUCUGACAGAGAAAGGAUGUUCAGCUCUGCUCACAGCUCUCAGAUCAGAACACUCCACCCUGAAGGAGCUGAAUCUGAGUAAGAACAGGAUUCAGGAUUCAGGAGUGAAGCUGCUCUCUGAGGAACUGAAGAAUAAACUCUGUAAACUGGACACUCUGAGUCUCAGUGAGUGUAACCUGACAGAGAGAAGCUGCUCGGCUUUACACACAGUUCUCAGCUCAGAAUCCUCCAAGCUGACUGAGGUGGAUCUGAGCAGUAAUCCUCUGGAGGACUCAGGAGUGAAGCUGCUUUGUGCUGGACUGAAGAGUCCAAACUGUGAACUGGAGAAACUCAGUCUUUCAGACUGCAGUAUAACAGAGGAAGGAUACACUGCUCUGGCUGAAGCUCUGAAAUCAUCUCACCUGAUAGAGCUGGAUCUCAGAGGGAAUGACCCUGGAGCAUCAGGAGUGAAGCUGCUCACUGAUUUACUACAGGAUCCAGACUGUAAACUGAACACACUGAGUCUGUUGAAAAGUGCUGAGGCAGAGGAAACCUGUGCUUCUUUAACUGAAGUUCUGGGUAGAAACCCUUUACUGCAGAGAGAACUGGAUCUGAGUGGGAAAAUAUCUGGAGACUCAGGAGUGAAGCAGCUGUCUGCUUUACUGAAGGAUCCACACUGCAGACCUGAAACACUCAGACUUGUUGAAUGUGGUCUUACGGCAGGAAGCUGUAUAACUGUGGUUGAAGUUCUCAGCUCACAUCCCUGCUUUAUAACUGAGUUGGACCUGAGUAACAACGACCUACAGAAUACAGGUGUCAUGGAAAUAUCUGAAGAACUGAAGAUUCCACACUCUGAUCUGAAAAUAUUAAGGCUUUCAGACUGCAGUAUAACAGAGGAAGGAUACACUGCUCUGGCCAAAGCUCUGAAAUCAAAUCCAACAUCUCAGCUGAUAGAGCUGGAUCUUAAAGGGAACGAUCCUGGAGCAUCAGGAGUGAAGCAGCUCAUGGAUUUCAUGAAUGAUCCAAAACGUAAACUGAAGACACUGAGGUUGUUGAAAAUCUCUGCUGCACAGGAGGCCUGUACUUGGCUAAAUUCAGUUGUAGGUAAAAACUCUUUACUAAUAAAAGAGCUGGAUCUGAGCAGGAAGAGAACAGGAGACUCAGGAGUGGAGAAGCUCUCAGCUCUGAUGAAAGACUCACACUGUAAAUUACAGAAAAUAAAUCUCAGUGAGUGUAACCUGACAGAGAGAAGCUGCUGGGCUUUACACACAGUUCUCAGCUCAGAAUCCUCCAAGCUGACUGAGGUGGAUCUGAGCAGUAAUCCUCUGGAGGACUCAGGAGUGAAGCUGCUUUGUGCUGGACUGAAGAGUCCAAACUGUAAACUGGAGAAACUCAGUCUUUCAGACUGCAGUAUAACAGAGGAAGGAUACACUGCUCUGGCUGAAGCUCUGAAAUCAUCUCACCUGAUAGAGCUGGAUCUCAGAGGGAACGACCCUGGAGCAUCAGGAGUGAAGCUGCUCACUGAUUUACUACAGGAUCCAGACUGUACACUGAAGACACUGAGGUUGUUGAAAAGUUCUGCUGCACAGAAAGGCUGUGAUUUACUUUCUAGAGUUCUGGGAGUGAACCCCUUACUACAGAGAGAACUCAAUGUGAGUGAGAAAAUAUCUGGAGACUCCCAGGUGAAGCAGCUCUCUGCUCUACUGGAGGAUUCACACUGCAGACCAGAGAUACUCAAGGUAAAUAACAGCAGGAUGACAAAUGAAGGUUGUGCUGCUCUGGGAUCAGCUCUGGGUUUAAACCCCUCACACCUGAGAGAACUGGAGCUGAGUGGGAAUAAACUGGGAGGAUCAGGAAUGAAGGAGCUCUGUGGUGUGCUGAAGAAUCAACAAUUCAAACUGCUGAAACUGGGGUUGUGUAAGUGCAGUCUCUCUGAAGAUGACUGUGCUGCUGUUGUAUCAGCUCUGAGAACAAACCCUUCAUACCUCAAGGAGCUGGACCUGAGUCACAAUACAACUGGAGACACAGGAAUGAAGCAGAUCUCUGAUCUACUGCAGAACUCAAACUGCACUUUGAAACGACUGAAACUAAAUAACUGUAGACUUACACAAACACUGUGUGCUGACCUGGCUAAAGCUCUGGAAUUAAACUCUCAUCUGAUAGAGCUGGACAUCAGAGGAAACCUCCCUGAAUCAGGACAGAGCUUUUUCAGUUUUUUUCAGAGGAAAUCAUACAGUGAACUGUUUGUGAGGAAUUUAAAAACUCCUGAAGCAGAAGAGGCCUGUGCUUCUCUGACUAAAGUUCUGGGUACAAACCCUUUACUGCAGAGAGAACUGGAUCUGAGUGGGAAAAUAUCUGGAGACUCAGGAGUGAAGCAGCUCUCUGAUCUACUGAAGGAUCCACACUGCAGACCUCAGAGACUCAGGCUGAAUAAGAGCAGUAUUACACACAGAGGCUGUACUGAUCUGAUAUCAGCUCUUACUUCAAACCCUUCACACCUGACAGAACUGGACCUGAGUGAGAACACACUGGGAAAUUCAGGAGCGAUUCAGAUCUCUAUGCUACUAAAGAAUUCAUCCUGUAAACUCCAGAAGCUUCUACUUUCAGACUGUAAUAUAACAGAGGAAGGAUACACUGCUCUGAUUAAAGCUCUGAAGUCGAACCACUCAUCACUCCUGACAGAGCUGGACCUCAGAGGGAACGACCCUGGAGCAUCUGGACUGAAGGAGCUUAGGAAUCUGAUGAAUGAUAAAAAAUGUAAACUGAAGACACUGAGGGUGUUGAAAAGUCCUGAUGCACAGAAAGCUUCUGAUCAUCUGACUGAAGUUCUGGGUAUAAACCCGAUACUGCAGACGGAUCUGAAUCUGAGUGGGAAAAUAAAAGGAGACUCAGGAGUAGAGCAGCUCUCUGUUUUACUGAAGGAUCUACUGAAGGAUCCACACUGCAGACCUGAAACACUUCAGCUCAGUGAGUGUAAUCUGACAGAGAAAGGAUGUUCAGCUCUGCUCACAGCUCUCAGAUCAGAACACUCCACCCUGAAGGAGCUGAAUCUGAGUAAGAACAGGAUUCAGGAUUCAGGAGUGAAGCUGCUCUCUGAGGAACUGAAGAAUAAACUCUGUAAACUGGAGACUCUGAGUCUAAUGGACAAUAAUAUCAGAGAGGAAGGAUACACUGCUCUGGCUGAAGCUCUGAAAUCAUCUCACCUGAUAGAGCUGGAUCUCAGAGGGAACGACCCUGGAGCAUCAGGAGUGAAGCUGCUCACUGAUUUACUACAGGAUCCAGACUGUACACUGAACACACUGAGGUUGUUGAAAAGUUCUGCUGCACAGAAAGGCUGUGAUUUACUUUCUAGAGUUCUGGGAGUGAACCCCUUACUACAGAGAGAACUCAAUGUGAGUGAGAAAAUAUCUGGAGACUCCCAGGUGAAGCAGCUCUCUGCUCUACUGGAGGAUUCACACUGCAGACCAGAGAUACUCAAGGUAAAUAACAGCAGGAUGACAAAUGAAGGUUGUGCUGCUCUGGGAUCAGCUCUGGGUUUAAACCCCUCACACCUGAGAGAACUGGAGCUGAGUGGGAAUAAACUGGGAGGAUCAGGAAUGAAGGAGCUCUGUGGUGUGCUGAAGAAUCAACAAUUCAAACUGCUGAAACUGGGGUUGUGUAAUUGCAGUCUCACUGAAGAUGACUGUACUGCUGUUGUAUCAGCUUUGGGAACAAACCCCUCACACCUCAUGGAGCUGGACCUGAGUGACAAUAUAAUUAGAGACACAGGAGUGAAGCAGCUCUCUGAUCUACUGAAGGAUCCACAGUGUAGAACUGAGAAACUCAGGCUGAAUAAGAGCAGUAUUACACACAGAGGCUGUACUGAUCUGAUAUCAGCUCUUACUUCAAACCCUUCACACCUGACAGAACUGGACCUGAGUGAGAACACACUGGGAAAUUCAGGAGGGAUUCAGAUCUCUACUCUACUAAAGAAUUCAUCCUGUAGACUCCAGAAGCUUCUACUUUCAGACUGCAGUGUAACACGGGAAGGAUACACUGCUCUGGUUAAAGCUCUGAAUUCAAACCCCUCAUCACCCCUGAUGGAGCUGGAUCUCAGAGGGAAUGACCCUGGAACAUCAGGACUGAAGGAACUCAGGAAUUUAAUGAAUGACCCAAAGUGUAAACUUAAGACACUCUGGGUGUUGAAAAGUCCUGAUGCACAGAAAGCUUCUGAUCAUCUGACUGAAGUUCUGGGUAUAAACCCGAUACUGCAGACGGAUCUGAAUCUGAGUGGGAAAAUAAAAGGAGACUCAGGAGUAGAGCAGCUCUCUGUUUUACUGAAGGAUCUACUGAAGGAUCCACACUGCAGACCUGAAACACUUCAGCUCAGUGAGUGUAAUCUGACAGAGAAAGGAUGUUCAGCUCUGCUCACAGCUCUCAGAUCAGAACACUCCACCCUGAAGGAGCUGAAUCUGAGUAAGAACAGGAUUCAGGAUUCAGGAGUGAAGCUGCUCUCUGAGGAACUGAAGAAUAAACUCUGUAAACUGGAGACUCUGAGACUUUCAGACUGCAGUAUAACAGAGGAAGGAUACACUGCUCUGGCUGAAGCUCUGAAAUCAUCUCACCUGAUAGAGCUGGAUCUCAGAGGGAACGACCCUGGAGCAUCAGGAGUGAAGCUGCUCACUGAUUUACUACAGGAUCCAGAUUGUAAACUGAAGACACUGAGGUUGUUGAAAAGUCCUGAUGCAGAGGAAGCCUACACUGAAAUGUUCAGUAAAAACCCCUUACUGCACACGGAGCUGGAUCUGAACAACAAAACACCUGAAGACGUCAAAGUGAAGCAGCUUUCAGCUCUGCUGCAGGAUCCACAUUACAGACUGCAGAAACUUAGGUUGUAUAAAGGAGACAGUAUUACAGAUGAAGACUGUUCACAUGUGAUUUCUGCUCUGGUUUUAAACCCUUCACACCUGAGAGAUCUGAAUCUGAACUGGAAUAAACCAGGAGAGUCUGGACUGAGAAAUCUGUGUGAUUUCCUGAAGAAUCCUGAAUGUAAACUGCAGACACUAAAACUAUGUAAGAGUGUAAGAGGGAAAUCCUGUGCUGAUUUGUCUUCAGCUCUCUGUACAAAUCCAUCACACAUCAGAGAGCUGGAUCUGAGAGAGUGUGAACUGGGAGACUCAGGAGUGGAGAAGCUCUGUGAUCUACUGAAGAAACACGAGUGUAAACUGGAGAAACUGCGACUUUCAGACUGUAAUAUAACAGAGAAAGGAUACACUGCUCUGAUUAAAGCUCUGAACUCAAACCGCUCAUCACUGAUAGAGCUGGACCUCAGAGGGAACGACCCUGGAGCAUCAGGACUGAAGAAGCUUAGGAAUCUGAUGAAUGAGAAAAAAUGUAAACUGAAACUGAGGGUGUUGAAAAGUCCUGAUGCACAGAAAGCUUCUGAUCAUCUGACUGAAGUUCUGGGUAUAAACCCGAUACUGCAGACGGAUCUGAAUCUGAGUGGGAAAAUAAAAGGAGACUCAGGAGUAGAGCAGCUCUCUGUUUUACUGAAGGAUCCACACUGCAGACCUGAAACACUUCAGCUCAGUGAGUGUAAUCUGACAGAGAAAGGAUGUUCAGCUCUGCUCACAGCUCUCAGAUCAGAACACUCCACCCUGAAGGAGCUGAAUCUGAGUAAGAACAGGAUUCAGGAUUCAGGAGUGAAGCUGCUCUCUGAGGAACUGAAGAAUAAACUCUGUAAACUAGAGACUCUGAGGUUGUGUAAUUGCAGUCUCUCUGAAGAUGACUGUACUGCUGUUGUAUCAGCUCUAAGAACAAAUCCCUCACACCUCAAGGAGCUGGACCUGAGUCACAAUACAACUGGAGACACAGGAAUGAAGCAGAUCUCUGAUCUACUGCAGAACUCAAACUGCACUCUGGAGACACUGAGACUAAAUAACUGUAGUCUCACACAAACACAAUGUGGUGAUCUGGCUAAAGCUCUGGAAUCAAACUCCUCAUCAUCUCUGAUAGAGCUGGAGCUCAGAGGAAACAACAGGAUGUCAGACUGGAACAUUUUUAGAUAUUUUCUAGAGAAUUCAGACUCUAAAUUGAUUGUGAGAAUUUUGAGUCCUGAAGCAGAAGAGGCCUGUGAUUAUCUGACUAAAGUUCUGGGUUCAAACCCCUUACUGCAGAGAGAACUGGAUCUGAGUGGGAAAAUAUCUGGAGACUCAGGAGUGAAGCAGCUCUCUGUUCUACUGAAGGAUCCACAGUGUAGAACUGAGAAACUCAGGCUGAAUAAGAGCAGUAUUACACACAGAGGCUGUACUGAUCUGAUAUCAGCUCUUACUUCAAACCCUUCACACCUGACAGAACUGGACCUGAGUGAGAACACACUGGGAAAUUCAGGAGGGAUUCAGAUCUCUACUCUACUAAAGAAUUCAUCCUGUAGACUCCAGAAGCUUCUACUUUCAGACUGUAAUAUAACAGAGAAAGGAUACACUGCUCUGAUUAAAGCUCUGAAGUCGAACCACUCAUCACUCCUGACAGAGCUGGACCUCAGAGGGAACGACCCUGGAGCAUCUGGACUGAAGGAGCUUAGGAAUCUGAUGAAUGAUAAAAAAUGUAAACUGAAGACACUGAGGGUGUUGAAAAGUCCUGAUGCACAGAAAGCUUCUGAUCAUCUGACUGAAGUUCUGGGUAUAAACCCGAUACUGCAGACGGAUCUGAAUCUGAGUGGGAAAAUAAAAGGAGACUCAGGAGUAGAGCAGCUCUCUGUUUUACUGAAGGAUCUACUGAAGGAUCCACACUGCAGACCUGAAACACUUCAGCUCAGUGAGUGUAAUCUGACAGAGAAAGGAUGUUCAGCUCUGCUCACAGCUCUCAGAUCAGAACACUCCACCCUGAAGGAGCUGAAUCUGAGUAAGAACAGGAUUCAGGAUUCAGGAGUGAAGCUGCUCUCUGAGGAACUGAAGAAUAAACUCUGUAAACUGGACACUCUGAGUCUAAUGGACAAUAAUAUCAAAGAGGAAGGAUACACUGCUCUGGCUGAAGCUCUGAAAUCAUCUCACCUGAUAGAGCUGGAUCUCAGAGGGAACGACCCUGGAGCAUCAGGAGUGAAGCUGCUCACUGAUUUACUACAGGAUCCAGACUGUACACUGAACACACUGAGGUUGUGGAAAAGUCCUGAUGCAGAGGAAGCCUACACGUGUCUUACUAAAAUGUUCAGUAAAAACCCCUUACUGCACACGGAGCUGGAUCUGAACAACAAAACACCUGAAGACGUCAAAGUGAAGCAGCUUUCAGCUCUGCUGCAGGAUCCACAUUACAGACUGCAGAAACUUAGGUUGUAUAAAGGAGACAGUAUGACAGAUGAAGACUGUUCACAUGUGAUUUCUGCUCUGGUUUUAAACCCUUCACACCUGAGAGAUCUGAAUCUGAACAGGACUAAACCAGGAGAGUCUGGACUGAGAAAUCUGUGUGAUUUCCUGAAGAAUCCUGAAUGUAAACUGCAGACACUAAAACUAUGUAACAGUGUAAGAGGGAAAUCCUGUACUGAUUUGUCUUCAGCUCUCUGUACAAAUCCAUCACACAUCAGAGAGCUGGAUCUGAGUGAGUGUGAACUGGGAGACUCAGGAGUGGAGAAGCUCUGUGAUCUACUGAAGAAACACGAGUGUAAACUGGAGAAACUGCGACUUUCAGACUGUAAUAUAACAGAGAAAGGAUACACUGCUCUGGUUAAAGCUCUGAAGUCAAAGCACUCAUCACUCCUGAUAGAGCUGGACCUCAGAGGGAACGACCCUGGAGCAUCUGGACUGAAGGAGAUUAGGAAUCUGAUGAAUGAUAAAAAAUGUAAACUGAAGACACUGAGGGUGUUGAAAAGUCCUGAUGCACAGAAAGCUUCUGAUCAUCUGACUGAAGUUCUGGGUAUAAACCCGAUACUGCAGACGGAUCUGAAUCUGAGUGGGAAAAUAAAAGGAGACUCAGGAGUAGAGCAGCUCUCUGUUUUACUGAAGGAUCUACUGAAGGAUCCACACUGCAGACCUGAAACACUUCAGCUCAGUGAGUGUAAUCUGACAGAGAAAGGAUGUUCAGCUCUGCUCACAGCUCUCAGAUCAGAACACUCCACCCUGAAGGAGCUGAAUCUGAGUAAGAACAGGAUUCAGGAUUCAGGAGUGAAGCUGCUCUCUGAGGAACUGAAGAAUAAACUCUGUAAACUGGAGACUCUGAGACUUUCAGACUGCAGUAUAACAGAGGAAGGAUACACUGCUCUGGCUGAAGCUCUGAAAUCAUCUCACCUGAUAGAGCUGGAUCUCAGAGGGAACGACCCUGGAGCAUCAGGAGUGAAGCUGCUCACUGAUUUACUACAGGAUCCAGAUUGUAAACUGAAGACACUGAGGUUGUUGAAAAGUCCUGAUGCAGAGGAAGCCUACACUGAAAUGUUCAGUAAAAACCCCUUACUGCACACGGAGCUGGAUCUGAACAACAAAACACCUGAAGAUGUCAAAGUGAAGCAGCUUUCAGCUCUGCUGCAGGAUCCACAUUACAGACUGCAGAAACUUAGGUUGUAUAAAGGAGACAGUAUGACAGAUGAAGACUGUUCACAUGUGUUUUCUGCUCUGGUUUUAAACCCUUCACACCUGAGAGAUCUGAAUCUGAACAGGAAUAAACCAGGAGAGUCUGGACUGAGAAAUCUGUGUGAUUUCCUGAAGAAUCCUGAAUGUAAACUGCAGACACUAAAACUAUGGAGGAGUGUAAGAGGGAAAUCCUGUGCUGAUUUGUCUUCAGCUCUCUGUACAAAUCCAUCACACAUCAGAGAGCUGGAUCUGAGUUGGUGUGAACUGGGAGACUCAGGAGUGGAGAAGCUCUGUGAUCUACUGAAGAAACACGAGUGUAAACUGGAGAAACUGCGACUAUGUAACAGUGUAGGAGAGAAAUCCUGUGCUGAUUUGUCUUCAGCUCUCUGUACAAAUCCAUCACACAUCAGAGAGCUGGAUCUGAGUUGGUGUAAACUGGGAGACUCAGGAGUGGAGAAGCUCUGUGAUCUACUGAAGAAACACGAGUGUAAACUGGAGAAACUGCGACUAUGUAACAGUGUAAGAGGGAAAUCCUGUGCUGAUUUGUCUUCAGCUCUCUGUACAAAUCCAUCACACAUCAGAGAGCUGGAUCUGAGUUACUGUGAACUGGGAGACUCAGGAGUGGAGAAGCUCUGUGAUCUACUGAAGAAACACGAGUGUAAACUGGAGAAACUGCUACUAUGGGACAGUGUAAGAGGGAAAUCCUGUGCUGAUUUGUCUUCAGCUCUCUGUACAAAUCCAUCACACAUCAGAGAGCUGAAUCUGAGUGAGUGUGAACUGGGAGACUCAGGAGUGAAGAAGCUCUGUGAUCUACUGAAGAAACACGAGUGUAAACUGGAGAAACUGCUGUUAAUAAACUGCAGAAUAACAGAUAGAGGCUGUGCUGCUCUGACUGAGGCUCUGAAGAUAAACUCCUCACAUCUGAAAGAGCUGAAUCUGAGUCUGAAUAAACUGAGAAAUUCAGUCAGAGAUCUGGAGGAGAUACUGAAGCGUUCAGGAGGAGAGCUAAUAUAUUAAUAAAUCCACACGCUGAUCCAUUUCUUCACUGGUGAUAACUGACCUGAUAAACAGCUCUCUCUCUGGAAGCUGAGUUCUCUGUACACUAGAAGGAACAAAGACACAGAACAGAGAGGAAGCAGUGUGAAUUCUGAAUCCAGUGAUUUUACAUUAUAAAUUUGGUAUUUUGAAGUUUGAACUUGUUCACUGAACUUCACAGACACAAUGUGAAAUAAAACUAAAUAAUUAAAGAAGACAAACUACUUAAUGUUAAACACAUAAGUGUUAAAUAAAGUGUUAAGUAAAGUGUUUUAA